AUGGCCCUGCUCGUCCACCUCAAGACGGUCUCGGAGCUGCGGGGCAAGGGCGACCGGAUCGCCAAAGUGACUUUCCGAGGGCAGUCCUUCCACUCCCGGGUCCUGGAGAACUGCGAGGAUGUGGCUGAUUUCGACGAGAUCUUCCGGUGGCCGGUGGCCAGCAGCAUCGACAACAAUGAGGUGCUCGAGAUUCAGAUCUUCAACUACAGCAAAGUCUUCAGCAACAAGCUCAUCGGGACCUUCCGCAUGGUGCUGCAGAAGGUGGUAGAGGAGAACCACGUGGAGGUGACCGACACGCUGAUUGAUGACAACAACGCUAUCAUCAAGACCAGCCUGUGCGUGGAGGUCCGGUAUCAGGACACAGACGGCACUGUGGGCUCCUGGGAUGACGGGGACUUCCUGGGAGACGAGUCCCUUCAGGAGGAAGAGAAGGACAGCCAGGAGACGGAUGGGCUGCUCCCCGGCUCCCGCCUCAGCUCCCGGCCACCGGGCGAGAAGAGCUUCCGGAGCAAAGGCAAAGAGAAGACCAAGGGAGGCAGAGAUGGCGAGCACAAAACCGGGAGGAGCGUGUUCUCCGCCAUGAAGCUCGGGAAGAACCGGCUCCACAAGGAGGAAACCCAAAGACAAGAUGAACCAGCAGUGCUGGAGAUGGACGACCUUGACCGCCUGGGCAUUCGGCUGGCCGAGGGGAUGGAUCCAGACUCCGUGUCUCUAGCUUCUGUGACAGCUCUCACCACCAAUGUCUCCAACAAGCGAUCCAAGCCAGACAUUAAGAUGGAGCCAAGUGCCGGGCGGCCCAUGGAUUACCAGGUCAGCAUCACGGUGAUCGAGGCUCGGCAGCUGGUGGGCCUGAACAUGGACCCCGUGGUGUGCGUGGAGGUGGGUGACGACAAGAAGUACACGUCUAUGAAGGAGUCCACUAACUGCCCCUACUACAAUGAGUACUUCGUCUUCGACUUCCACGUCUCUCCUGACGUCAUGUUCGACAAGAUCAUCAAGAUCUCGGUGAUUCACUCCAAGAACCUGCUGCGCAGCGGCACCCUGGUGGGGUCCUUCAAAAUGGAUGUGGGAACCGUGUACUCCCAGCCCGAGCACCAGUUCCACCACAAGUGGGCCAUCCUGUCCGACCCUGACGACAUCUCGGCUGGGCUAAAGGGCUACGUGAAGUGUGACGUCGCAGUGGUGGGCAAGGGGGACAACAUCAAGACGCCCCACAAGGCCAACGAGACGGAGGAGGAUGACAUUGAGGGGAACUUGCUGCUCCCCGAUGGCGUGCCCGCCGAACGCCAGUGGGCCCGCUUCUACGUGAAGAUCUACCGAGCAGAGGGGCUGCCCCGGAUGAACACCAGCCUCAUGGCCAACGUGAAGAAGGCGUUCAUUGGGGAGAACAAGGACCUGGUUGACCCCUAUGUGCAAGUCUUCUUUGCUGGCCAGAAGGGCAAGACCUCGGUGCAGAAGAACAGCUACGAGCCGCUGUGGAAUGAGCAGGUCGUCUUCACGGACCUGUUCCCCCCGCUCUGCAAACGCAUGAAGGUGCAGAUCCGCGACUCGGACAAGGUCAACGACGUGGCCAUCGGCACCCAUUUCAUUGACCUGCGCAAGAUCUCCAACGAUGGGGACAAAGGCUUCCUGCCCACGCUGGGCCCCGCCUGGGUGAACAUGUACGGCUCCACACGCAACUACACGCUGCUGGACGAGCACCAGGACCUGAACGAGGGCCUGGGUGAGGGCGUGUCCUUCCGUGCCCGCCUCAUGCUGGGCCUGGCGGUGGAGAUCCUGGACACCUCCAACCCCGAGCUCACCAGCUCCACGGAGGUGCAGGUGGAGCAGGCCACGCCUGUGUCGGAGAGCUGCACGGGGAAAAUCGAAGAAUUCUUUUUAUUCGGAGCCUUUCUGGAAGCCUCAAUGAUCGACCGGAAAAACGGAGAAAAGCCAGUUACCUUUGAGGUCACCAUAGGCAACUAUGGGAAUGAGGUGGAUGGCCUGUCCCGACCCCAGCGGCCUCGACCUCAGAAGGAGCCCGGGGAUGAGGAGGAAGUGGAUCUGAUUCAGAACUCGAGUGACGAUGAGACGGAGGAGGGUGGGGACCUGGCCUCAGUCUCCUCCACCCCACCCAUGCGGCCCCAGAUCACCGACAGGAACUACUUCCACCUGCCCUACCUGGAGCACAAGCCCUGCAUCUACAUCAAGAGCUGGUGGCCAGACCAGCGCCGCCGCCUCUACAACGCCAACAUCAUGGACCACAUAGCAGACAAGCUGGAAGAAGGCCUGAACGAUGUGCAGGAGAUGAUCAAAACGGAGAAGUCCUACCCCGAGCGCCGACUGCGGGGCGUCCUGGAGGAGCUGAGCUGUGGCUGCCGCCGUUUCCUCUCCCUCGCUGACAAGGACCAGGGUCACAUGUCCCGUACCAGGCUGGACAGGGAGCGCCUCAAAUCGUGCCUGCGGGAGCUGGUGCUGAAUGAGACCCUGUGCCCCACCUGGGACCAGAUGCUGGUGUUCGACAACCUGGAGCUGUACGGCGAGGCUCAGGAGUUGCGGGAUGAUCCCCCCAUCAUUGUCAUUGAAAUCUACGACCAGGACAGCAUGGGCAAAUGCGACUUCAUGGGCCGGACCUUCGCCAAGCCCGUGGUGAAGAUGGCUGACGAGGCGUACUGCCCGCCCCGCUUCCCGCCCCAGCUCGAGUACUACCAGAUCUACCGCGGCAACGCCACGGCCGGAGACCUCCUGGCCGCCUUCGAGCUGCUGCAGAUCGGGCCAGCAGGGAAGGCCGACCUGCCACCCAUCAAUGGCCCAGUGGACACGGAUCGAGGUCCCAUCAUGCCCGUGCCCGUGGGCAUCCGGCCCGUGCUCAGCAAAUACCGAAUCGAGGUGCUGUUCUGGGGCCUGCGGGACCUGAAGCGGGUGAACCUGGCCCAGGUGGACCGGCCGAGGGUGGACAUCGAGUGUGCGGGGAAGGGGGUACAGUCAUCCAUGAUCCACAAUUACAAGAAGAACCCCAACUUCAGCACCCUGGUCAAGUGGUUUGAAGUGGACCUCCCGGAGAAUGAGCUACUGCACCCGCCCUUGAACAUCCGCGUGGUGGACUGCCGGGCCUUCGGCCGCUACACCCUGGUGGGCUCCCACGCCGUUAGCUCCCUUCGGCGCUUCAUCUACCGGCCCCCGGACCAUUCAGCCCCCAACUGGAACAGCACCGGGGAGAUCGUGGUGAACAUGGAGCCAGAGGUGCCCGUCAAGAAGCUGGAGACCAUGGUGAAGCUGGACGCGACUUCUGAUGCCGUCAUCAAGGUGGAUGUGGCUGACGAGGAGAAGGAGAAGAAGAAAAAGAAGAAGAAGGGCAGCUCGGACGAGCCGGAGGAGGAGGAGCCGGAUGAGAGCAUGCUGGACUGGUGGUCCAAGUACUUCGCCUCCAUCGACACCAUGAAGGAGCAACUUCGACAGCAAGAUGCCUCAGGAAUGGACUCGGAGGAGAAAGAGGAGAUGGACAACAUUGAGGGCCUGAAGGGCCCGAUGAAGGGCAAGGAGAAGGCAAAGGCUGCCAAGGAGGAGAAGAGAAGAGCCGGGCCUGGCCAGGGGCCUGAGGCCCCCGAGAAGAAGAAAUCCAAGAUUGACGAGCUCAAGGUGUACCCCAAGGAGCUGGAGGCGGAGUUCGACCACUUCGAGGACUGGCUGCACACCUUCAACCUGCUUCGAGGCAAGACGGGCGAUGACGAAGAUGGCUCCACCGAGGAGGAGCGCAUCGUCGGCCGGUUCAAGGGCUCUCUCUGCAUGUACAAAGUGCCGCUCCCAGAGGAUGUGUCCCGGGAAGCCGGAUACGACCCCACCUACGGCAUGUUCCAGGGCAUCCCCAGCAACGACCCUAUCAACGUGCUGGUCCGAGUCUAUGUGGUCCGGGCCACAGACCUGCACCCGGCAGACAUCAACGGCAAAGCUGACCCCUACAUCGCCAUCCGGCUGGGCAAGACUGACAUCCGGGACAAGGAGAACUACAUCUCCAAGCAGCUCAACCCUGUCUUUGGGAAGUCCUUCGACAUCGAGGCGUCCUUCCCCAUGGAAUCCAUGCUGACGGUGUCCGUGUACGACUGGGACCUGGUCGGCACCGAUGACCUCAUUGGGGAAACCAAGAUUGACCUGGAGAAUCGCUUCUACAGCAAGCACCGCGCCACCUGCGGCAUCGCCCAGACCUACUCCAUACACGGCUACAAUAUCUGGCGGGACCCCAUGAAGCCCAGCCAGAUCCUGACCCGCCUGUGCAAGGAGGGCAAAGUGGACGGCCCCCACUUCGGGCCCCCCGGGAGGGUGAAGGUGUCCAACCGCGUCUUCACCGGGCCCUCCGAGAUGGAGGACGAGAACGGUCAGAGGGGGCCCACGGAUGAGCACGUGGCGCUGUGCGCCCUGCAGCACUGGGAGGACAUCCCCCGGGUGGGCUGCCGUCUGGUGCCGGAGCACGUGGAGACGCGGCCGCUGCUCAACCCUGACAAGCCGGGAAUCGAGCAGGGCCGCCUGGAGCUGUGGGUGGACAUGUUCCCCAUGGACAUGCCGGCCCCCGGGACGCCUCUGGACAUCUCCCCGCGGAAGCCCAAGAAGUAUGAGCUGCGGGUCAUCGUGUGGAACACGGAUGAGGUGGUCCUGGAGGACGACGACUUCUUCACUGGGGAGAAGUCCAGCGACAUUUUUGUGCGGGGGUGGCUGAAGGGCCAGCAGGAGGACAAGCAGGACACGGACGUCCACUACCACUCGCUGACGGGCGAGGGCAACUUCAACUGGCGCUACCUCUUCCCCUUCGACUACCUGGCUGCCGAGGAAAAGAUCGUCAUCUCCAAGAAGGAGUCCAUGUUCUCCUGGGAUGAGACCGAAUACAAGAUCCCAGCACGGCUCACCCUGCAGAUCUGGGACGCUGACCACUUCUCCGCGGACGACUUCCUGGGGGCCAUCGAGCUGGACCUGAACCGGUUCCCCCGGGGCGCGAAGACGGCCAAGCAGUGCACCAUGGAGAUGGCCACGGGCGAGGUGGACGUGCCCCUGGUCUCCAUCUUCAAGCAGAAGCGUGUCAAAGGCUGGUGGCCCCUCCUGGCCCGCGAUGAGAAUGACGAGUUUGAGCUCACGGGCAAGGUGGAGGCAGAGUUGCAUCUACUGACAGCGGAGGAGGCGGAAAAGAAUCCAGUGGGCAUUGCCCGCAACGAACCUGACCCCCUAGAGAAACCCAACCGGCCCGACACCGCCUUCGUCUGGUUCCUCAACCCCCUCAAGUCCAUCAAGUACCUCAUCUGCACGCGGUACAAGUGGCUCAUCAUCAAGAUCGUGCUGGCGCUGCUGGCGCUGCUCAUGCUGGGCCUCUUCCUCUACAGCCUCCCCGGCUACAUGGUCAAGAAGCUCCUGGGGGCGUGAGGUCCCCGCAGCCUCCCCGGGGCGCCCCUCCUGGGCCUGUGCGUUUGCCCCUCCCCUGGCGUGGGCUUUCCAGACUCCCUGGGGAGCCUUGGGAGCCCCUGUCCACCCUCCAGGCCUCGGGUCCCGGGGGCCCCCCUGCACAUCCUCUCCUCCCCAAGCCAGCUGCUCGCGGGGCCCUGCCCCUCUGGUCCCUGCCUGUGGGUGGGGGGUCUGCCCCACCUGGCCGAGGCACCCCCCUUCUUCAGGCCCUAGCUCCAGAGGAAGCCACCCCAAACCCUCCCUCAGGCCUUCCAGUCAAGGACUAAAGCUUUAAUGAAAUUAUCCGAGAAUC